GCUUCAAACACAACCGGCAACUCGGCACACACAAAUAACACUUUGGUCUGAAAUAAUUCUAGCAUAUUUUAUGCAUCAUAAAUUAUAUCGGCUUGAGUUAUCAGAAUCGUUAAAUAGUGAAUUAUUCGAUAAUAAAGGAAUCAAAAGAAGGUUGAAACUUGGAACCUUGCAAUGCAUUAUUGAUACAAUGGUCAAAGAAGGAACAGCAGAAUGGGACUCACAAUCAAAAAAGAAUGCAGCCAUUAUUUAUUGGAGGAAACCUGAAGAAUGGGCAACAUUAAUUAAUAAUUGGGUAUUUAAUAGUGGAAUGACUAAUUCUAUACUUACAAUAUAUGAAAUAGCACAUGGCGAUAUCACUGAAGGAUUAGAGUUUCAUGGAUUGGAUCAAACAAUUUUGUUAAAAUCAUUGGACAUAUUAGUCAAGCGUGGUUUGGCACAGCUAUUUCAGGGAACAAGUACUGAGGAUAUGGGU